AUGAAGGAUUUUGUGCAGCGGUGGAAUCUCAGCGCAUGGGAAACCGGGCUUAUGACGGCUGCGCUGGAGCUGGGGUCUCUAUUGGGCGCUCUGACUGCGGGCACACUGGCGGACAAGUACUCGCGAAGACAGUCUAUAUUCACCGCCUGCGCGAUAUUCUGCCUCGGGUCAGCAUUACAAUGCGGUGCCCAAACUCCCAACCACCUCGUUCUGGGCAGAGGUAUUGGAGGCCUGGGUGUCGGUGCACUCAGCAUGCUUUCACCCUUGUACAUGGCGGAGAUCAGCCCGCCGGAAGUACGCGGAUCCCUGAUGGCCCUUGAGCAGUUCGCCAUCGUCCUCGGCGCAGUGGUUGGAUUUUGGACCGGUUUCUUCACGCGAGACAUCCCCGGAUCCGCGUCAUGGCGAAUCCCUUUGGCGAUUCAGCUCAUCCCGGGUAUCAUCUUAGGAUUUGGAUGUAUGUCACUCCCACCGUCGCCGCGGCUGCUCGUCCAGCAAGGGCGCAAUGAAGAGGCCCUCCGCGCGCUCGCGAAGCUCAGAUUGAGAACGCGUGCUGAGAUUGAGAGUGAUCCUCUGCUCCAGAUCGAGCUAUUGGAGAUGCAAGUGGAGGCCGCGUUAAUAGCUCAAUCAUCUGCCAACGACACCCCCGUACGAAGCGCAAAGCCAGGCACCCUGCGUGGAGAGCUAUAUGCGUGGUCGCGCCUGUUCUCACCAAAGCUCCGCAAGCGUACGCUCAUCGGCGUUUUGAUGAUGUUCUUCCAACAAUGGAGCGGAAUCAACGCACUGCUGUACUAUGGCCCGACGCUCAUGCACUCCCUCGGCAUGCAAGGCGACGCAGCGACCCUCCUUUCCGCCGGCGGCAUCGGCAUCGUCCAAUUCCUGGCUGUGCUGCCCGCCAUCGCCUUCAUCGACCGUCUUGGCCGCCGCCCCCUGCUCCGCGGUGGCUCGCUCGCGAUGGCGCUCUCGCACCUCACCAUCGCGCUCCUCGUGCGGCAAUACAGCGCCGACUGGUCUGCACACACCUUUGCCGCGCGCACCGCGCUUGCGUGUGUAUACACGUUCACUGCCGCGUACGGUGUUAGCUACGGGCCGAUUGGGUGGAUUUUGCCGAGCGAGGUGUUCCCGCUAUCGGCGCGUAGCAAGGGUGUCGCGUUAUCUACGGCGUCGAACUGGACAAAUAAUUUCUUGAUCGGGUUGCUCACGCCGGUUUUUAUGGAGUACUCAGCCUCAGGGACAUUCUUGAUUUUCGCAGUGGCCUGCUCCCUAGGCUACAUCUGGUCCACCUACUCCGUGCCGGAAACCGCGAAUGUGUCGCUCGAGGAGAUCGAUGCCGUCUUCGAGUCCUCAGCCGGGCGUGAGGAUGUCGCACUGAAGCACCAAAUUGAGGUCGAUCUUGGUUUGCACGACCUGGUACGGCGUGUGACCCGUGCCAGUGAUGGCGAGCCUGGAGAACCUGCAUGA